GGCUUUUUGAGGCAAACCACGAAGAGUGAAAGGGACUGGAGGGACGAGGUGCGUCACGUAAGUACCACGAUAGUACCAGAGUGGACGAGGAGACUUAAGAUUCUAGAAGUUGUAGGCGCCAUUCUAGAAGUUGUAGGCUGCCGAUUGACAAAAAUGAGUACCAGUACGGCUAGAACAAUGUCAUUGCGUCGUCCGUUUUUCCCUGAGGUCUCGUCGACCUCUCGCGCUUCUACCGCUGCGUUCUUUUGGGGAGUAGACCAUUGUCGUAGUGGGUCUCCGAGUCCUGUACUUCUAAAAACAACGAACAGGAGACUGCGUAGAUUUUUCUCAACUGCGUCACCUGCAUCAUCAACCAGGACUGGCACUCCCUCUACAUCCUCGCGAGUCGGCUUUAUUGGCAUUGGCCGUAUGGGCGCCCCCAUGUCUGCGCAUUUGCACAAGAAAUUCGGACCAGUGUCCAUCUGGAACCGGACGCCCGACUGCAGUGCCAAGCAUUCAGCAGAACAUGGAACUCUAGUCGUGAAUAGUGUUGAGGACUUUGAGUGUCCUAUAGUGUUCUGCUGCCUGCCGACAAGCAAAGAAGUCCGCGACAUGGCAGAAAGACUCAUAGAAUCGAAACGGAGGAACGGGAAAGUUAAGUACUGGGUACUGUGUACUAAGUACUAGGUACUACUUACUAAGUAUGUAUCAAGCAGCCACGUUGACGUUGAAUGCUUGUUCAACGUCGUUGAGUGGUUUUGUUAGAGCGACGAUGCGACAUUUCUUAUACUAAAAGUGAUGGAAUUGAAAACUACAUUAACAUCUUCUAAGCUUAAUUGAAUAUGCUACUACUUGUCCUCUUCUUCUAAAAACCUCUCGACAUUGAUCGAUUGCACAAGUGGCUCCUUCGCGCAGACGAUAGCGACGGGGGAAUUGCUUGCCAAGGAAGGGAUAUCACUAGUCGACUGCCCUAUUAGUGGCGGUCCCCGUGGGGCGCAAUCUGGGACCUUGACGGCGAUGUUGGGUGGGAAUAAUUCGGAGCAUCUGUUAAGGUCGAGCGUAAUUCAGCUGGGGAAGCAUCUUUCUUUGGACCUUUGAUUUUUGAGGGGUAGAGAACGUGGUGUCAUGGACUCAAGGGAGAGAAGAUUUUCAAGAUGAAGAAAUUCAAAUUUUUGGGUAAGCUUUAAAUCUGGCCACAGCAAGCGAACUAGCAUCCGCCUUCGCAAAUAAGGUAGAGCAAACAGGCCCUCUUGGGAGUGCACACGCUGUCAAGAGCAUCAAUAACAUCCUGAAUAGUGCAAAUCUUGCGGUCGCAGUGGAGGGUCUGCUGGCAUUGCGAAAAGUGCUUGGACCAGACCUAGACAUAGCGCGGGCGUUGGCGUGUAUCAAUUAUGAGGAUCGAUUAGUCUACAAGAUGCCGUUUUGUGGUUCUUGACGCGAAAAAAGAUGCUGUCCUCAUGAUUGUUCUCAAUCUUUCUCAAUCUUUCAUUCAAAAUCCUUCUCAAUUUCUAAGUCCUUGCUUCGUCCGGUCGUUCCUUGCAAUCAGAAGCGCGUGUGCCAGAAGAAGUCCUUUCGAGGAGGUUUGGCUAUGGCUUCGAUCUCCUGCUGAUGCAAAAGGACUGCAGUGCAGCCAGGGAACUUCUGACUUUACGCGAUGAGGAAACCAGUCUACUUCCUAGAGUAGCACGUUUAUUAGACGACGCUGCGUCGUUUUACGGCAAAGAGUGCGAGGCAGCGCGUAAAGACGGGGAUAUCGUGGAUUACACAUAUAUCGCCAGAUACCUCGAGGAAAAGGCAGGGUACGAAUUGCGAGGAUCUUCAAAGUAAGAUCAGAGUUGUAGAUUGUUGUUGUUGUUGUUGGGGGUACGUACUGGAGAAUAAACGAGUUCUUUGCGCGUUUACAUUAGAUCACAGAAUCAGAAAGGCACGUAGGAUCUAUACACGGGCGUGCUUUUUCAUUUUGCUAGAACAUCAAUGAAAAUCAAUUUGAUUCGAACUGCUCCAUAUCUGCCGCGAUAAGAUCUCUAACCGGUGUAGCUGAAUUGUAUUCCAAAAUUUUUCGGUCAAGAAGUAGAAUUCUGAAGAUUUGAUCAAAGUACAAGAUACUCACUUUGGAACUUGAAGACCCUCAAUCAUAACUCGAUCCAAAAACCGUUGCCCUACGUCCUCUACAGGUCUUUUGUUGUUGCUGAGGCAUUUUUUUAUAUCAUCGUAAUCGAUGGUGUCGUGACGCCAUUAAAUUGACAUAGCAACAUGAAACUUGUUUUCACAACUACACUGAGAAAUGACUGAGAAAUUGCCUCCAACCUUUUAUGCUUGGGUAAUAUCAAAAUUUCAAUUUGAGGCUCUUCAAUUGAAGUCGAACGAAAAGGUGUAACUUCUGGGUAUAAAAUUUCGUAGCAAGAUGAU